AUGGAUUAAUAAUUAUCUUACUACUAAACAUAAUAAUUCCUAGAACCUAAUCAAGAUCCUCAUAAAUCUUAAAGAUCUAAAUCAAAUACAAGAGAUCUCCUUACUUCUCCAAAUAUUGUUUACAUUACCAGAAAUAUUCCACAAUAAUAAACACAACAACCAAUUAGAUUAGAAACUUAAUAAUUGAAACCUUCCUAAUCUUAAUAUAAUAUUAAAGUUUAAGAAAUUGUCAAAGUCAUAGAACCAUCCAGAGAAGAACUUGAAUUUUAUAAAAACAAAUCAUCUUUAUAUGAAAAAUAAAUUUAAGAACUUUCAAAUGAAAUUCAUAGACUCAAAACUACUCAUCAAGAAAAAGUUACCUAUAUUGAAGACACUCAUAGAAUCUAAUAAUUAGAAACCAAUCUAUAAUAAUAUUAAAUUGAACUCAAUAGAGUCAAUACUCUUCUAAGAGAAACUACUAAUGAAUCAGAAUAAUUUAAAAUUAAACUCAAUUAAAUCAAUUAAUAAUAUAUAGCUUUCUAAUAACAUUAAGUUGAAUGUGAAAGAAUCAAAAAAAAUUCAUAAGAUAAUGAACAAUAUUGGUAAAAUGAAAUUUAAAGAUUAAAUGUACUUGUCUCAUAAAGUUAAUCAUAAUUACAAUAAAUGUAAAAAUCUUUAAUUGAAUCCAAAAGAUAUGAAUAAUCAUAUAUUCAAUAAUAAUAAGUCUAAGGUUAAUUGACUACUGAACUUGAAAGAAUUACUACUCUACUUAAAUUAAAAUAAGAAGAAUUCGAAUAAUCCAAAUCUACAUACAUUUAAGAAAUUGAAAUUCUAUCCAAAAGAUUAAGAGAUUCAGAACUUUUAAAUUAAGAUCUUAAAAAUAAAGAAAUCAAUUAUAAAUCAACUAUUGAAGAUCUAAAUAGAGAAAAUCACACACUUUCUGAUAAAUUUAUGAAUGAAACACUCAAUAAAAAUGAAGAAAUUUCUAAAUUAUAAUCAAUUAUUCAAACUCUAUAAAUCACCUUAUAAGACACAUCCAAAUAUUAAGAAUAUGAAAUUAGAUCUAAAUUACAAAAUGAUGAAAUCAAUAAUCUUAAUCAAAGAAUUAGAAUCAAAUAAGAUGAAUUAGAUAAAUAUAAAUAAUAAGUCCUUAUUUAUUAAAAUUAAUUACAAGAAUGUUAAAAAUAUACAGAUUAUGAAAUGAAAUAUUAAAAUUUAGCUUAAGAAUUCGAUAGAGUUAACAAUUCAUUAAUGAUCAAAUUAUAAGAAAAUGAUUAAUUAAGAAAUUGUAUUGCUAAAUUAUAAAUCACUCUUAAUGAUCAUUACAAAGUAGAUGAUUAUGAAAACAAAAUUGCAUUACAAAAUUAAGAAAUUGAUCGUUUACAUUAAAGUCUUUAACAUAAAAUUGAAGAAAUAGACAGACUUACUAAUGAAUAUAAUAGAGUUACUUCUAUAUUGAGAUAAAGAAAUGAAGAACUAGAAAAUUUAAAAUUUAAAUUAUAAGAUAUUAAUCAAUUAAAGGAAUAUUAAUAGAGAUUUGCUUUGUUAAGUACUGAAAUUGAAAGAUUAACUGUACAAUUAAAAAAUAAAAAUGAAGAAAUUGAAAAAAUUAGAUAAUAAUUUUCUUAAUUUUAAUUGAGUGAAGCUAAUAAACUUAAAGAAUUAGAAUAAAAAAAUGUUGUAUAUUCUACAGAAAUUGAAAGAUUGAGUAAUUUAUUGAAAAUUAAACUCUAAGAAAUUGAAUAGAAUAAAAUGAACAUCAAAUAGUUGUAAGAAGAAUCAGAUAAUUCAAAAAUUAAACUACUCAAUUAAAUGGAUGUUACAUCUUAUAAUGAAAAAAUUACAUAAUUAUCAUAAGAAGUUGAUUCUUGGAAGGCUCAAUUUAUUAAUUUAAAUAGAGAAUAUCAUAAAUAAUAAGAAUAACUAAUAUUAUCAAAUGCAGAACUUGAUACUUUUAAAAAGUAGAAAAAUGGAUCUUUUAGAGUAAAUAAAUUUAUAUUUAUUUUUAGGUUGAAUCGUAUGAGAUAGUAAAGGAGAAUCAAAAUUCUAAAAUUUCAUCAUAUCAAUACGGAACAUUAACAAAUAGGAAUUUUUGA